AAGGAUAAACGGAUGCCAGACUCAGGAGCUUCAUUAUAGUUUCUCUGAGAGCUUUGAUUAUUCACAGACCUAUUAAUAGUGUGAUAUGCGUUCAGAGUGAAUUGUUGUGCUCUGACUUUGCAUGAAUGUGAGGUGUAGUAGCCUGGGUCGGGUUCACAUUUCUGCUAUAUGAGGAUGAUGAUGAUGAUGAUGAUGAUGAUGAUAACGUGUUUUAAAAAAGUGCACUAGUGUCAUGACGACUGUGCGCCGCGAAAUGAAACGUGUUGCAAAUAAGGUUUUCAGGAAGUAUGUUUUCUGACAGCUCAGAGUGAAACAGUGAAACACAGGACAGCAUGGCGGAGCUGUAGACUGCAGACACACUGAUGAUAAAAACUCAACAGAGGAUCCAAGAGCACAGAACUACGGGAUCACAGGAUAAAGAAGAGAGUGAAGAUUGAAGAUGCCUCGGUCUUUCUUGGUGAAGAGUAAAAAGGCCCACAGUUACCAUCAGCCACGGGGUUUAGAGGACAACUGCAACAGACUCGAGACGAUUUUAGCUCAUAUCUGCGCAGACAGUAAGAGUGCAGAAGCAGGGGAGCUGUGUGUGGAGGCAGAGGAAGUAUUAGCGCUCACGGACUCCGCCGCUGUGUCCUCGCGCUCUCCGCACAGCUGCAGCAGCAGUGUGUGUGAUCGCUCUUCAGACUAUGAAGACAGCUGGAGGCCUCCAUCACCCUCUGCAUCACCAGAUUCUGAAAAGUCAUUUUCACCCAGUGUUGAUGAAACACAGCCUUUUGCUGUGCCCUUUGAGCCAUGGAGCAACAGUUAUUCAGGCUCUGAGAUGAGACAACUGGUCCGGCAAAACUUUAACAACCAUCAUUCUUCCUUGAGUUAUUAUGGAGAAAGAGUGAUUGGUCCUUCUCUUUUUGGGGAGAGGGGAUCCAACACAAGUAUUUUCAACAAUUAUGAGUCUACAACAAACCUAUUUGAGCGGCCGUCUUCUAGCCCUGGACUGUAUGUAGACAGAGAAAUAAAUAGACCCGAGAUGAAAACGGACACAGCCAGGCUUUGUACUCGCCUUAUGUUGAAUGGAGCCUUCAAAUGCAUCAAAUGCAGCAAGGUGUUUUCCACUCCACAUGGUCUAGAAGUUCACGUUCGGAGGUCCCACAGUGGAACGCGACCCUUUGCUUGUGACAUUUGUGGAAAAACUUUUGGACAUGCAGUCAGCCUGGAACAGCACAGAUCUGUUCAUUCUCAGGAAAGGAGUUUUGAUUGUAAAAUCUGCGGCAAAACUUUCAAAAGAUCCUCUACUCUGUCCACACAUCUUCUCAUCCACUCUGAUACGAGGCCUUAUCCGUGCCAGUACUGCGGCAAGAGGUUUCAUCAGAAAUCAGACAUGAAGAAACACACGUUUAUUCACACAGGAGAGAAGCCCCACAAGUGUCAAGUAUGCGGCAAAGCUUUCAGUCAGAGUUCGAAUUUGAUAACACACAGCCGAAAGCACACUGGUUUUAAACCUUUUGGCUGCGACUUGUGCGGAAAAGGCUUCCAACGCAAAGUGGACUUGAGGAGACACAAGGAGACUCAACACGGACUGAAAUGAGGAAUGAUUUAACUUCAAGAAAAAAUUUCAGUCGGUAUCUCUGGACAGUCGUUUGCCUUUCUCAGUGCUGGCCCACAUCACGGCGAAAAAAACUCCAGGAUGGAUUUAAAGUAGGCUUACUGUAACUAUUCAAAACCAGGAACCUGCAAUUAACACAAUCACAUGAACAUGAGGUUCUCAAACUAUUUAGAUUUGAUCUAGGACAAUUUUGACCUGUGCCUCUACAGAGUCUGUGUCCAUCUUGGAUACGCUCUCAGAAAUAUACCAAAAUGAAUUUUUUCACAUGGCAGGGAUGGACACAUUAAGAACACAUAUUUUCUGAGCUUGUUUUUUUUUUUUUUUUUUUUUUUUUUUUACCUGGAAUGAUGAAUGUGGUGAAGCUUUAAUUAUCUUCUAGAGGAACGUAACAUCAGUGGAACAUUUAUAUGUCUUAAAUUAUUACUAUUUUUUUUUCUUUACCAUAUUCAUGUUUCCAGUGAAAGAUCAAAUGUACAAAGGCUGACUGUGCUGUUGACAAAGAAAAGUUUCGUAUAUGGUACCUGUAUUUCUGAGAAUGUAAAGUAGGUGUGAAUUCUACACUGGGAAUUUUUUGUUGUAGGCCAUGGUCAUGUAAGCUAACAGGGGAUUCCCAAGCAAAUGUUUAUAAUGUAGGUUAAAGCGAAUUUCCAUGAUUUUCAUGUUUCCAAAACUGCUGUUUUGUGCUUUGUGUAGCCUAAAUUGUUAGUCAAGAGGUCACCCAGCAGGUCUGGCAAGAUCCAGCAAAUGCACAGCAAAAUAAAUGUGGACUGAAAUAGUUGCUAUAGCUGAAGGUCCACGCACACUGAA